AUGCAGCAGGCGAGCAUCCGUGCGACGUGCGACGACCUGCAUCAGUUGCGACAGCCGGUGACGGCGGACCUGGCGCUGGCGACGCUGUUGGGCGACGACGCGCGAUGGUUCGGAUGGUCGCCGGAGGGUCGCCUGCGAUGCACGCUGUCACAGCACGAGUUCCCAAUCCGCGCUGAACACGUGGCGGGUCUAGUCGCCGUCGCACAGUCGCAAGACGCGUCGCUGCUUGAAUCCCGCUGCGAUUCGUCAGAGCAGUCGCAGCCUCAACAGUCGCAGCCACAGCUGUCGCAGGAGGCGUGGUCGCAGCAGCAGUGGCGAUCCGUGCGACAGCACGUGCGAUCCAAGGCCUUCGCAGCAGCAGCGGCGGUGGCAGAGGCGAUGGAGAGAGCAGCGCCGCACAUCGUGGCGUGCCCGCAUGACAGUGCGCCCUCACAGGCAGCACGCAUCUGCAGUGCGCCCUCACAGGCAGCACGCAUCUGCAGUGCGCCCUCACAGGCAGCACGCAUCUGCAGUGCGCCCUCACAGGCAGCACGCAUCUGCAGUGCGCCCUCACAGGCAGCACCAUCGCUCGCACAGCAGCAGCCAUGCACCGCCACACCGCAGGCCACCGCUUUCAAGCUGCUCUUGUGCUAUCACCCCCCAUGCCACCCACCCCAUGCCACCCCCCCCAUGCCACCGCCCGCCAUGCCACCACCCGCCAUGCCACCGCCGCCAUGCCACCGCCCGCCAUGCCACCACCGCCAUGCCACCACCGCCAUGCCACCACCGCCAUGCCACCACCUCUCAUGGGCAGUCAGAUUGGAGCCCGAGAAGGCUGCUGCACAGCGACUGGAUCAGGUGGGAUGGCUGUGUGGGUGGCGUGCUAGUGUGCAGGCAUGGGUGGGGAUGCGGGCUCUAUCCCACCACCAGUGGCAACAAGCCAUAGCAGCGCAGCAGCAGCAGCAGCAGCAGCAGCAGCAGCAGCAGCAGCAGCAGCAGCAGCAGCAGCAGGCUGUAGCAGAACAGGCUGUAGCAUUGCAGCAGCGGUGUCUCCCUGAGGGCACGUGUGCAGUGCUGGCAGCAACCGGGCGAGAUGUAGCGCAUGCACCACUGCAGUCCCAUCAGCCCAUGGCAUCGUUACAAUCACAGCAGCCCAUGGCAUCGUUACAAUCACAGCAGCCCAUGGCAUCGUUACAACCACAGCCGCCCAUGGCGUCGUUACAACCACAGCAGCCCAUGGCGUCGUUACAACCACAGCAGCCCAUGGCAUCGUUACAAGCACAGCAGCCCAUGGCAUCGUUACAACCACAGCAGCCCAUGCCAUCAUUACAACCACGGCAGCCCAUGGCAUCGUUACAAUCACAUGCCAUGCGUUGUCCAAUAGAAGGCAAAGGCGUGCAGCAAGGGCCCCCCACCAUGGACGAGGAUCAACCCAUGAGUGACGACGCCGAUGCAUCACCGUAA